AAACGAUAAAAUUCUCGAAAAGUGUAUCAUUCCCAGAUCAGCGUGCGUUAGCGCUACUGAGAUUCGUGGUUCGCGUUUUAAUCCACAGUCGAAAGAAAACACUCUUCGUUCCUAAGCGAAUCUAACAAAACCGGCGUAAACAUGGUGGAUUACAGCAGAUGGAAAGAUAUUGAGAUUUCAGAUGAUGAAGAUGACACGCAUCCCAACAUCGAUACACCGUCGCUUUUCCGUUGGCGGCAUCAGGCUCGCGUCGAGCGGAUGGAAGAGCAAGAGAAGCGCAAAUCAUCAUUGGAAAACACGAAGAAAUCCCUUUCCCAGAAGCUGCAGGAAACAAAGGGCAAACUGCAACGGAACGACGGCAACCUGAACGAACUGAAGAAGGCCAUCGAGGACAUGGAAAGGGAACAAGAGCGCCUACGGCAGGAAGAGGAAGAUCUGCGCAAAAAGGAAAAGAUGCAACCGUGGAACGUGGAUACCAUCAGCAAGCCCGGAUUUGCCAAAACCGUGAUCAACAAGAGUGCGAUUAACAAGAAGUCGAAUGAACUGAGUGACGAGCAGAAGGAGUUGAAUUUGCGCGAUUUCAUCAAAAAGUACGAAAAGCAGUUGAAACAGUACGGCAUGAUGCAGAAGUACGACGAUUCGAAGAAGUACCUGCAGGACAACCAUGUACUUGUGUGUGAGGAUACGGCCAACUAUCUGGUUAUCUGGUGCAUUGAGCUGGAGAUGCAGGAAAAGCACGAACUGAUGGCCCAUGUUGCCCAUCAGUGCAUCUGCAUGCAGUACAUCCUGGACAUUUCGAAGCAGCUGGACGUGGACCCGCGAGCCUGCGUGGCAUCAUUCUUCCAACGCAUCCAAGAGGCCGAAGCCGAAUACAAGAAGCAGUUUCUCAACGAGAUCGAAGCGUUCAAGGAGCGUAUCCGCAAGCGGGCGCAGGAAAAGCUAGAGAAACUCCUCAAGGAGCAGGAGGAAGAGGAGCGUCAAGCGAGACUCGGUCCGGGCGGGUUGGAUCCGGUUGAGGUGUUCGAAUCGCUGCCCGAAGAGCUACAGAAGUGCUUCGAAGUGCGGGACAUCGGAAUGCUGCAGGAAGCGAUGGCCAAGUUGCCCCCGGAAGAAGCGCGUCGUCAUUUGCAGCGGUGCGUGGAUUCGGGUUUGUGGGUGCCUGAUGCCAAGACUGCGGCCGCUGCCACAUCGGGAAGUGGCUCUGGGGGAGCGACCACCGAGGAGGAACCCAUUUACGUGGAAGCAAAGGGCACGAGCGAAACUACGGAAGAUGCUGCCACGGAAGAGGAAGUUAAAAAAUGAACCUCAAAACAUGAUGUGCAAUUAGUAAGUCGUGCAGGCGGUCAUGCACUACCAAAAAACCUCACUUAUUAGAACACCCCAGGAGAAUAAUGAAAUUAAUGCUAGUAUUCGCGAAAUGAAAUUUAUUCCAAAAGGGGAUAACUAUGCAAAAUUGUGUCGGCUCACGUUUCAAUGAAGUUUUCUAUUGAUUUUUACGGUAAUUGAUAACGAAUAUCAUUUUCCAAUUUUUAUCGCUUUUCAUGUUGGGGUUUUAUGAACAUUUCCCUUCAAACAGUCCAAGAAUAUAUGGUUUUUUUUUCUCCAUUA